AGCAUCACCGUCUCCUGCACUGAUAUAAAGCGGCGCGCGCCGCCCGCACUGCACGAGCACAGGAGGAAGAGGAGGGAAGGAAUGCCAACCUGACAAACACACGCGCACAGAUCAAUCAUCAUGACGAAGUCUUACACGGAGCCCAACGCCAUGCUCGAGCCGCAGGCCAGCGCGCACUGGACGGACGAGCGCGAGGCGGCGGAUAGCGCCAAAAACAAGAGCGGCAACGAGAACCCGGAGAACGACGAGGAGGUCCUGAACCAGCUGGAGGACGAGAUGGGUGAGGAGGAGGAUGAGGAAGAUGAUGAGGAGGACGAGGAGGAAGAGGAGGGGGACGAGGCCAAGCCCAAGAGGCGCGGGCCCAAGAAGAAGAAGAUGACCAAGGCGCGCAUGCAGCGCUUCAAGAUGCGGCGCAUGAAGGCGAACGCGCGCGAGAGGAACCGAAUGCACGGUCUGAACGACGCGCUGGAGGGCCUCCGCAAGGUCGUGCCGUGCUACUCCAAGACCCAGAAGCUCUCCAAGAUCGAGACCCUCCGCCUGGCUAAGAACUACAUCUGGGCGCUGUCGGAGAUCCUGCGCUCGGGGAAGAGUCCGGACCUCAUGUCCUUCGUCCAGGCGCUCUGCAAGGGGCUGUCGCAGCCCACCACCAACCUGGUGGCCGGUUGCCUUCAGCUCAACCCGAGGACGUUCCUUCCAGAGCAGAGCCAGGAGAUGCACCCUCACGCGCACGCGGUGGGACCCCCACCUCACUUCGCCCCGCACCCGUACGCGUACCAAACCCCCGGCCUGCCGAGCCCUCCCUACGGCACCAUGGACAGUUCCCACUUCUUUCACGUCAAGCCUCCGCAUCCAUACGGUGCAACCGGCGGAGUGGUUGUUAGCGGUGGAGGUGGAGGAGGUGGAGGCGGUGGAGGCGCUGGUGGAGGUGGCGGCGGUGGAGCUGGAGCGCUCGAGCCGUUUUUCGACGCCGCCGCGGCCGUGGCGCUCGCGGACUGCGCCAGCAGCCCCUCCUUCGACGGACCUCUCAGCCCGCCGCUGAGCGUCAAUGGAAACUUCUCCUUCAAGCACGAGCCCCCCGCGGACUUUGAGAAGAGCUACGCGUUCGGCGUGCACUACCAGGCGGCAGGGCUCGCGCAAGGCCACGCGUCUCUGUACGGGGGCACUGCGCAGCGCUGCGACCUCCCCAUGGAGACCGUGAUGGCCUACGAGGGCCACUCGCAUCACGAGAGGGUCAUGAACGCACAGCUCAACGCCAUAUUUCACGACUCGUGAGGUGACCUUCACCUGGACGUGAACUGGUUUCCAGAGACUAUUGGUGGUUCGACUACUCGAAUAUUCGGUAGUGAAAACGCAACAGCUGUUCAAACUGCUGGACUAUUCCGUUUCUCACCUGAGACAUGCUUUCCAGACAUUGCUCAGAAAAGUUCGACUAAGUUACUUUACUAUUCGGUGUUUCACGCAAGAAAACGUUGCCAGGCACUGCUCAACUAUUCGACUAUUUUAACGUGGGUGAACAUUUCUAGAAGCUUCAGUUUGGCUUCGGUUGAUCUGACUUCUCAACCAUUUGAUGUUUCAAACAAUACCAGACAUUGUUUGCUUGAUUAAUCAACUAUUCGGUAUUUUAAAGUGGGUGAACAUUUCCAAAAGCUUUGAUUAUUCAUUAGCUGCUGGUUGUUAACCUUCAGAGACUACUCUUCCACUAUUUAACUACUCAAAUAUAUUUGGUAUUUUUAUCUGGUUAAACACUGGUAUUGACUAUAUUCACCUCGAAUAUUCGGUAUUCUAUCUGGGUGAGCCUUUGCAGAACCCAUUUGACGUUUGGCUAUUUUUUUCUUGCCACAAUUUAUACGUUUGCUGGGUUGAGACUACUCCACUAAAUCGAGUAAAAUAUUUCUUGCGUGUCUUGGUAAUUCUGUUUAUUGCUGAUGCAAGAAAGAAAAGAUAAGAAAACAAGAAAAGAAAUCAAGAGCAACCACACAUUAUAUGCUUAAUCUUAUGUAUUGUAUUUAUUGUCGUUCUACUACUGCCUUUAGGGAGAAAAGAGAGAAUGCAGAUUCUCAUCCACCUUAUUAUGUAUUGUAUUUCUAUAGCGCUUCUAUACUGUGCAUUGUGGUCACAGAUGGAAAUAGGGUGUGACCUUAUUCAGAAUGUGUUAAUUAUUCGUGUUAAAAAAGAAAAAAAAAACGAAAAAAAAAUCACAAGCAAUAAUUUGGAAACUAUGCAAUUUUUAAUCGAAUACUGGGCCAAUUAUAGAAAUGAAUAGAGAUUGCUAUAUUUUUCAACCUACAUUUUACUACUUAUCUAUCCCAUACUGAUUUAUUUUGUUGUGAUUUUGUAUAGAAUUGUUAAUUUUUAUAUAAAGUCAAAUUCCAUGCCAUGCAACCCCACGUUAAUGUUUUAUAAACAAACGAUUUAUGUCGUUUAUAAAAAAGAAACAGCAGAACCACUAGUAAUAAUAAAGUAUAAUAAGAAUAAAGGAGGAGGAACCAGCAGGCAAAGUUCUUCACAAUCUGUUACGUUGCCUUAGCAGUCAAUCAUUUACUGUAAAAGAAAAAAUCAUGCACAAACAAAAAUUGCACAAACACGAUCCUUUAUCUCCUUUAACACUUAAUGGUCAUUUAAAUCAUGGACAAUAUCCAACUGUUUGAGAGCUGGGGAAGGUUUUGGUGUUAGAAAAAGUGUUGAUGUUGUAUAUACAAAGCUUGACUAUCACCUGAAAAUUACAAUUGCACCCUGUAUAAAACGUAAAACGAGGGGCCUCUCUUUUCAAAAUGAAAAUAAAUGAAAUAAUGAACUUUA